AUGUUAUCAUUUACUCAAAGUAUAAUUGAAUUUUUAAAUCAUGCAACAAUUUGUCUUAAUCGUUAUUUAUCUAUAAUUAUCUAUCUUUUUGGUACAAUCGGUAAUAUUCUUAAUAUUCUUAUUUUAUCACAAAGAAAAUUUCGUUCAAAUUCAUGUGCUUUUCUUUUUCUCAUAUCAUCUAUUGCUAGUCUUAUUGCUAUUAUAUCUGGACUUACAAAUCGAGUAAUUUCUGGUUGGACAAUUGAUAUAGCAUAUACGACUACUUGGCUGUGUAAACUUCGUGCUAUGAUUUUAUUUACUUCACGAAUGAUUGCUUUAUGGUUAAUAUCAUUUGCAACUAUUGAUCGAUGGUUAUUAUCAUGUGUUAAUAUUCAUCGACGACAAAUGCGUACAUUAAAAAAUGCUCAACGAUGUACAAUAAUAAUAAUAAUUUGUUCGAUUUUACUUAAUGCUCCAAGUAUCUUUUGUUUUGAAGCUAAUUUAAUUGAAACACCCGUUGAAUGCUAUGGUAAAACAGCAAUUUGUCGUAUUUAUACUGAUAUGUUAUAUGCAUGUGGUUCAAUAUUAAUACCAUCUUUAAUUAUGGCAUAUUUUUCUAUGAUGAUUAUUUUAAAUGUACGUGGAACACGACGUCGUAUUGAAAUUUUUCAUAUAUCAAUAAAUCAUAUUAGAAGACAAAGACGAACAAAGAAAAAAGAUCGUCAAUUAUUAAUUAUGUUACUUGUACAAGUUAUUUUUAUAGUUAUACUUACUUUUCCACAAGCUAUUCAAAAAUUAUAUUCAACUAUAACAUUAACAUUUUAUGAUUCAUUAAAAUCAACUUUACAAAUUACUAUUGAAGAAUUUAUAUUCAAUUUUGUUGUUAAUUUAACAUAUCUUGCUAGUGGUUUACCAUUUUAUAUAUAUACAUUAUGUGGUGGAAGUGUAUAUCGAAAUGCAUGUUGUCAACUUAUAAGAAUGUUUAGUAGAAAAAUAACAUGUCGAAAUAAUAGAGAUUAA